AUGAAUAUAAUUAAUAUUCUUUACAGAACAAUGUUAAAAAAUUCAUCUUUUAAGUUUGUCCAUGAAUGUUCACGGGGAGUUAUUCUGAGGCAAUUGAGCUUUCAAAGAACCACAAUGACAUCUACUAUUGAUUGGAAACCUAUUAAAUCUCACAAUAAUCCAAACGAUAGAAAUGGUUCAAAUCAAAACGGUAAGAAAAGCAGGGCUGGUAAAAAAAUUGCAUUGGGUUUGAUGAUUGCUAUGCCAGUAAUCUCAUUUUACUUGGGUACCUGGCAACUAAGAAGAUUAGACUGGAAGACUAAAUUGAUUGCAGAAUGUGAAACCAAAUUAACUUAUUCACCUAUCAAUAUACCCAAAAAUUUUACAGUGGACAUGUGUGAGGAUUGGGAAUAUCGUAAGAUUAAAGUUAAGGGACAUUUCGUAUAUGAAGAAGAAUUAUUUGUUGGUCCAAGAGCUAAGAAUGGAGAAAAAGGAUAUAUCCUAUUCACACCAUUUGUUAGAUCAGAUACAGGUGAAAAAAUAUUGGUGGAACGUGGUUGGAUAAGUGAGGAACAUGUGCCACCAGAAAAUAGAUCUUUACAUCAUUUAUCUAUACCAGAUCCCAACAAAGAUAUUGAACUAAUAUGUUUAGUACGUCCACCAAAGAAACGUGGGAGAUUUCAAUGGGAAAAAACAGAUUCAGAUUCGAGGUUAUGGCAAGUGGCAGAUAUAUUUGAUAUGGCUAAAAGUGUUGGUUGCAAACCAAUAAAUUUCCAAGCCAUAUAUGAUUUAUGUGAUCAUCCAGAAUGGCGAACUAAUUACCAAAACAAUAGUAGAGAUGGUGAAAGAAAAACAAAUCAAGAAAAAAGAUCUUUCUUAUGGAAAUUAAUACCAUACCAUAGAUCCAGUGAAAAUGAUAAUAAGAAUGUUAGUGACGAGGCCAAUGAAUUUGGCAUUAAUGAUAAAAAUACCGAAUUUACAGAAUGGCAAUUUAUGAAAGCAGGUGUACCGAUUGGUAAGAAACCAACAGUUGAUUUAAGAAAUAAUCAUUUACAAUAUCUUGUAACCUGGUAUGGUCUAUCAUUUUUAAGUACUAUAUUCUUAAUAGUAGCAUUAAGGAAGUAUUGGUGGAAGGGCAACGUUGUAUCACAAUUACAAUUGAAACAAGAUAAGCUGAAACACGCAAAAAGAUUUUCAUAA